AUGCCGAAAUAUUGUGUUGAAUUUGUAGCUGAUGUAUGCACUGUACCAUCUCGUGAUACUUCUGACUGUUCCGAUUGUAAAACUGAACAUAUCAGUUUAGAGAAUACCAGCUGUACACUACCUAAUAAAUCUGAUUCUAUUUUAACCUAUCAUAUAUCAACAGGUUCAAAUAUCAAUAAACAAAAGGCAAACACUUCUAAUCUUGAACAUUUAACAAAGGAUUUAAACAAAUCAUCACUUUCAUUAUACAGUGAAGAGGAUAAUUUAACACCUAACGCUACAAAAGUUAAAAUAUCAAAUAGUAAAUACAAUAAAAAUUCACAUGAAUUAUCCAUGGGAAACACAGUUUGUUGUAUGCCGGAUAAUUUAAAGUCCACAUGUGAAUAUCACUGUCAAAAACCAAACUUUGAUAGACACUUAACAAGAAGUCAACAGAAUUAUACUUCAAAUUGUCGAAAAUUUGUUAUUUCACGUGCUGUACAGUAUGAAGAACAAUUACAGCUACAGACUACUAGAAAAGAAAUGACAAUGUCAAAUAAUCAUAGUUAUCAAGAGAUAUUAUGUAAUCAUCACCAUCAUAAUCAUCAGUACAAUGGGAGUAAUAUUCAUGAAAGGUAUGAUCACAGUAAGAAUUUGAAAUCAGAUAUACCCCUUAAAAUAGCUGACAAAUCAUCACAAUGUCAAAGGGAUAGAAAAAGCAAAAUUUCCACAAUGCAUUUGUCUAAAACUGGAAUAAAUGACAGCGAGGCAUUUUUACCCUGUGUAGAUUUAUUAACAAAUCAUUCGAAUAACAUGUUAAAUUCAUUGUCUGAAUGGUCUGUCGAUGUUAGUUCCUUGUCUGGAGGACAACGUUGUUCCAGUGUUACACCACCUAUAAGAAUGAUUGAGUCAAACCGCAAAUUUGAAGGGAUAUCACAUGGUGAUUGUUACAGAAAGGCUGAAUACGCAUCAAAAGGUGAUAAUCAUGAAAUUGUAAAGGAUUCUACAGAUUGUAAUGAUAAUUGUGAUACAGGUAGUCUGUCGGCGACAUUCCCAUCGAAAUCUAUAAAUCCGCUUACUUAUGAACAAGAAUGUGAGGAGAAAAUGAAAUGUCAGCCGAGUGUAUUUGACAGUUCCAAUUAUUAUCAUCAUCAUAAUAAUAGUAGUGGUAGUAGUUAUACUAAAGAUUUUGGCCAAUACAAACGUUCAAAAUCCUCCACUGGUGAUUUGGGACAGUCUGGAGAACCGGCACAAGAAAAUAAAGAUAGAAUUCCUUAUCCCAGUUAUUAUGUUCCCUUAACAGAUGUUUCAGCUUUUGGUGACUCUCUACACCCGCUAACUUCAUCUACGAUAAAGCAAAAUCAAAAAUGUUUAAUUUCUGCAAGAUCACAAAAGAAGCCGAAUCACAUUCAUCACAACAGUAAACGCCAGUGUCAUCCAUCAGAAAGUUACUAUAUACCAGGACCACAGGUGGAGAUUAGUUCACAUAUUGAUUUAUCUGGUGGUUCUUUUACAAAUGCUUCAUCUGUCAGUUCAUUAGAACAAAUUAAUUUAAAUAAUGAACAUGAAAUUAUAAAAGCCACAUCACAAGGUUUGAAUACUAAUCAAGUUAGCAUAGAUUCUUUAGAUAAAGAACAACCUCUGUGUCAUUUAAAUGCGAAAAAAAGUGAAGAAGGCUCUUCAGAUCAACCAAAACAUGAGGAAAUCGAUCAGUCUCUGACACCAUGCCUAAAUUCUCAGAAGACGAGUAGUGCAGCCCCGUCUAGUAACAUUACUUCUAAAAUUUAUGAAAAACCUGUAGACUUGAAAUUAGAUGUUCAUCAACACGUGGGAAGACAGUAUACCCCCAAAAGUAAUCUACCUGCCAGCUUUAAAAACACAUUACUAAACUCAUCGUAUGAUAAUUCUACACCUCAUCAGUCUAGUAAACCAAAAGAUUCAAACUCAUCACCUGACUCAAAUAACACACAGAUUAUUGUACCAAGUAGUCGUUCACUGAGAGAAUCUAGGAUACCAAUCCCGAAGACUAUUCUGCCUUCACCAAUAUAUCGACCGCCAACUACUCACAAAACUGAACUUAAUACUGAUCACUUAAAGGCAAGUGAAUCGAUAAAAACUACAGAUCUACAAGCUGAUACGAUUAAUCAAUCAGGAAUACAAAGGAACUAUGAUACUGUUGAGACUUUACCCUCUGAUAUCAAAACAGAUCCAGAUCUCCCGGAGGUUAAUUCAUCUAAUCAAACUAAUUCUAAUAUGGAUAAUCCAGUUGAAGAGAAUACUAUACAGAUAGAUAGCAAUAAAAAACCAGAAAAUAUCAAAGGUAGUUUACAAAAAAGACAAAGUAGAUCACUUGAAAAAGUGGUAUACUCAAAAGAUAACUGCACCAUACAGUCGACAAAAUCACAUCACUCUAGAAUAAGACGUAAGCGUCAGUCUCAUUCCCUACAACCUAGAUAUUUUCGUGGAACUUAUUAUAAGUCAAAUAGUAAUAACGAUAACAGUAACUUUAAGAAUCAUACUCAGACUGGUCAUAGUCGUCGUAGGUCAAAGUACCUUGCAACUAAGACUCUAACUCCUCCAACAUCACAAGCAGCAUGGGAUAAAAAUCCUACUAAAUCGUUGAUGAUACAGCCGGGUUUUGACUAUAGUGAUUUGAAACCACCAGAAUUACUACUGCAGGUGAAUGCAACAUCUACAAUAAAUUAUUCAGAUACACUGAAUGAUUCAAAAGUACAACUGAUCAAUCAGAGUAACCGGUCUAUCAUGUCUUCACCGCCAACUAAUCUACCUGUUCUACACAGACGAUUAUCAAAUGAAAGUAUAUCUUCUGCACCAUUACAAAAGUCGACAUCAAGACCUUUAACUGCAUCACGAGAACCAACAGCCAAUCUGCCGUUUUUCGCAUCAAUUAAUAAUCCUUCACAGGCUAUGACACCGCCAACACCAAUAUCAUCACGUAUAAAAAAAUUAAUUCGUCGUAAAUUUUUUAUCCCUGAAAGUGCUAAUAUUGAAGAGAUUCUAGCUGAUCCUGAUGACCGCCGGAUUAAAGCCAUCUGUGAACGGUAUAAAUGUGAUCUGGAGAUUUAUUCUAAACUUCCAUGGUGUGGAUUUUUACAAUAUGUUGUUAUAAUGUCUGCACGUGAUAUUUAUACACUACGACGUUGUGCACGUACCUUAGACUCUAGACUUAAUUGGUGUCUGUCAGCACAAUUAAAAUAA